GCACUUUCUUGCUUAUUGCUAAUGGUUUUGUUUAACGUACGCCUUCUAGCACAAAGACGGUCUCUUCUGUUUACAGCAACUUCAAAGCGAUACUUGAGUGCACCUGCUAGAGUUCGUUUUGCUCCUAGUCCUACAGGACAGUUGCACUUGGGUGGAUUGAGAACUGCUCUUUUUAACUACUUGCUUGCCAAAAAGACACAUGGACAGUUCAUUCUUCGUAUUGAAGACACGGAUCAAACUCGAUAUGUAGAAGGUGCAGUUGAAAACUUGAUCAAGGCUUUGAACUGGGCUGGUGUUCCUCAUGACGAAGGACCUGACAUUGAAGGACCACACAUACCUUACUACCAAUCCAAAAGAACAGAGCUCUAUAGAGAACAUGCUAACCAUCUUGUUGAAAAAGGACAUGCCUAUCGAUGUUUUUGCUCCCCUGAACGGUUAAACCGAGUAAGAGAACAAAGACAGAAGCAAGGCAACUACAUUGCAUAUGACAAGCACUGUUCUUUCUUGUCUGAAGAAGAAAUCAAAGAUCACUUGGAUAAAAACACACCAUUUACGAUUCGGUUAAGAACACCUUACGAAGGAUCAACAGAACAUAAAGACUUAGUUUAUGGCAAAAUCAGUUUCAGUAACAAGACCAUUGACGAUACUAUCCUGAUCAAGAGUGAUGGUUAUCCUACUUAUCAUCUCGCUAAUGUAGUCGACGAUCAUUUCAUGGAGAUUACGCAUGUCUUGAGAGGAGAAGAAUGGCUAUCAUCCACACCCAAGCAUUUGUUGCUUUAUAAAGCAUUGGAUUGGCAACCACCUCAAUUUGCUCAUUUGCCAUUAUUACUUAAUCCUGAUGGGUCCAAACUCUCCAAGCGCUCAGGCGAUGUUCAUGUAGAACAAUACAUUGCUAAAGGUUACUUGCCUGAGUCCAUUAAUAACUUUGUUGCCUUGCUGGGAUGGCAUCCUAAUCAUCACAGUGAAGCAUUGUUUAGUAUGCAGGAACUCAUAGAUCAAUUUGACAUCAAAGACAUCAACCAUUCAGGUGCAGUAGUAGAUCAUCAAAAACUAGACUGGAUCAACAAACAUCAUAUCUUGAAGCGUGCUGAGACAACAGAGGGACUUAAUUCACUUGUAGAUAUCUUGAAGCCAUUUGUGAUUCAACACUAUGGUGAUCUCAAAGAUACUCAGGAUGCGUAUCGACUUGAAUCUCCCUAUUUAGCUCAAGUGAUAAACACAAUCAAAGAACGUAUUCGAAAUAUCAGUGAUAUUCCUCAACUUUGCAGUUACUAUUUUACUCAACCUGACUAUACAUCAACAGAUGCUAUAGCAUUGAAAAAGAAGUUGAAGCAACCUGCUGUUGCCUUGAUUUCUACUCCUGAAUUUAGAGAUCAAAUGAGUUCCAUUGAGCCUUUUGAUGCUGCUAAUAUUAAGUCUUGGCUCUAUUCUUUAGCAGAAACAAAACACUUGAAUCCUAACCAUGUUAUGAUGGCUAUACGUUAUGCAGUGACAGGAUCUAGAGUAGGAGCAGGUGUAGCCGAAACAAUUGAAGUACUUGGUAAAGAGACAGUGCUUAAACGAUUACAAAACCAUUCAACAUAGAUGUGUAUAUAAUAAUAAUAAUAAAACACUGGUAUUGAGUCUAUGCCUUGAUCCGCAUACAUUAAAGUUCAGCCAUUGUCUUUGAUCGGGUGUGCACCUAGAAAAUGACUUACCAUUCAACACACACACACACACAAAACAUAGACAA